AUGUCAGCAAGUAUAGGAUCGCAGGUUCGCCGCACAGCGGCGUCCGUUGAUCCAAUUGUCACGGAUUACGCAGUGGGAUAUUUCAAUCAUUUAUCAGGUAUUACCUACGACGCAGUUCAGAGCAAAUUAAUUGAUUUGCCCUCUGAGGUGGAAUUUGUCUGUGAGCUUUUAAGAAACUCAGGUGCAGCUGAUGACAAAGUUGAGAGAUUAUCAAAGGAUAUUCUGACGCAAUUAUCCCUACAAUUGGAAGAAAAUCAAGCCAAAUUGGAAGUCACAGGUGAUACUUCAAAGAGACUGCUGGACAUCAACGUAUUGCAGAGUCACAAUAGUAAAGCUAAUCUCAAUGCCUCUCUGGGAAUGUUGGGAGUUGAUAAUGAUAUUGAGCAUGCUGGAAGAAAUAUGGACACAAGAGUCGAUUUAAAGAAACUAGCGAAGGCUGAACAAAAAAUUGCCAAAAAAGUGGCCAAAAGAAAUAACAAAUUUGUGAAAUAUGAAGCUUCCAAGUUAAUUGAUGAAAAGAGGGACGAUGACUACGAUUCUUUCUUCUUGAAAAUAAACCCAUUGGAUUUUGGAUCCGCAGCAGGAAAAUCAAAAGAUAUCCACAUUGACACGUUUGAUUUAUAUGUUGGAGAUGGACAAAGAAUUCUUUCAGAUGCGCAGUUAACAUUGGCUUUCGGUCGUCGUUAUGGUUUAGUCGGUCAAAAUGGUAUUGGUAAGUCUACUUUAUUACGAGCUUUGGCUAACAGAGAAUUAAAUGUUCCGCAGCAUAUUUCUAUUUUGCAUGUCGAGCAAGAACUAAGAGGGGAUGAAACGGCUGCUCUGAAAAGUGUCUUGGAUGCUGAUGUCUGGAGAAAACAGCUCUUAUCGGAAGAAUCGAAGAUUAAUGAAAGAAUGCAAGAAAUUGAGAAGCUAAGGACUGAGUUUGAAGAAGACAGUUUGGAAAAUAAGAAGCUGGAUAACGAGCGUGAAGAUUUGGAUAAUCAUUUGGAACAAAUAUCUGAAAAACUGAUAGAUAUGGAAUCGGAUAAGGCUGAAGCUAGAGCAGCAUCGAUUUUAUUCGGUUUAGGUUUCAGUGCCGAGGCUCAAAGUAAACCAACAAACUCCUUUUCAGGUGGUUGGAGGAUGAGGUUAUCCCUGGCAAGAGCUUUAUUUUGUCAACCAGAUCUACUUUUAUUAGAUGAACCUUCUAACAUGUUGGACGUUCCUUCUAUUGCAUAUCUUUCUGAGUAUUUGAAAACCUAUCCUUCUACCGUUUUCGUUGUAUCGCACGAUCGUAUUUUUUUGAACGAAGUCGCUACCGAUAUCAUCUACCAACAUAAUGAAAGACUUGAUUACUAUAGAGGCCAAGACUUCGACUCCUUCUAUGCUACCAAAGAAGAAAGAAGAAAGAAUGCCCAAAGAGAAUAUGACAAUCAAAUGGCGUAUAGGAAACAUAUGCAGGAAUUCAUUGAUAAAUAUAGGUACAAUGCAGCAAAAUCACAAGAAGCACAAUCAAGAAUUAAGAAACUGGAGAAGCUUCCCGUUUUGGAGCCUCCAGAAGAAGAAAGAAGUAUCACAUUUAAAUUUCCAGACUGUGAAAAGCUAUCACCGCCUAUUAUCCAAUUGCAAGAUGUUUCAUUCGGGUACAAUGAAACUGAUCUCUUGCUGAAGGAUGUUAACCUUGAUAUCCAAAUGAACUCUAGAAUUGCCCUUGUGGGUGCUAAUGGUUGCGGUAAAACAACUUUGUUAAAGGUCAUGAUGGAGCAGCUAAGACCGUUGAAGGGUUAUGUUUCAAGAAAUUCUAGAUUGCGUGUUGCUUAUUUUGCGCAACAUCACGUUGAUGCUAUGGAUCUUAAUUCAUCAGCCGUUGACUGGAUGUCUAAAACAUUCCCUGGGAGAACAGACGAGGAGUAUAGACGUCAUUUGGGUUCUUUUGGUAUAACAGGCUCUCUGGGUUUGCAGAAGAUGCAAUUACUUUCAGGUGGUCAAAAAUCUCGUGUUGCUUUCGCAUCCUUGUGUUUGACCAAUCCUCAUAUUUUGAUUCUUGACGAGCCUUCAAAUCAUUUGGAUACUAAUGGUAUUGAUGCGCUUGUUGAUGCGUUGAAAAACUUUACUGGUGGUGUUCUUAUGGUUUCUCAUGAUAUCUCGGUCAUUGAUAGUGUUUGUAAUGAGAUAUGGGUAUCCGAGAGUGGUACAGCGAAAAGAUUUGAUGGUACUAUAUUUGAUUAUAGAGAUUAUAUUUUGGCAUCAGCAAACGACAAAGGUGUCGUCAAAAAACAUUGA